AUGUCGCGCGCCUCCCCACUCAGCGCUCAGGGGCAGUCCCCCGAUGCGCUCCAAGAUUAUGCUCCAGACCCUUACCUGUUGUCCACAUCCGACCCAGAGGAGAUAAUUUUCCAGGCCAGUGCUAUUCGCCUAACCCCAUCGCGGGGAAGUCCUGGACACAGUGCGGGACCGGGCUCAUCCCCCCAUGAGGACUCCCGGUUCGACUCCACACUACAGAGGGGCUAUCUGGACCCAAGAGCAAAUGAUUAUACGGAUCCAAGCACUUGUACCUCUCCCCUUUCUGAUACAAGUGGCUUCGUGGAACCAAAAGAUAUCGAACUGGCAAAUGGUUCGAGGACCUGGCAGAAUGAAAGCCUGUCCUAUAGAGCUGAGGCGGCCAAUGUGCUCGUCGACCCGGCAUGGUCUGCACCUAUCGCACCGAAUGGCUUUCAGUGGACAGCAUCAGAACACAAUCCAAACCCACCAUCCACGUUGACAGGCAUAAGCCCUGACGAUAGUUCCAGUGCAGUGCCGCAAUCGAUUCCUACAUCUUACCAAUCGGGCCUCGGGGUCGUUAACGCAGGUGCAGGCAGCGAGCCGUCCCGACUCAGUGUCUCGACUAAUCAGGAAGCUACCACGGAGCUGGUGGCGAGUCCCAACAGGGGAAGAAGUCCCGUUUUCAAGAUUACAACCUUCUCUCGAGGCGAUUCGCCAGAGGAACGCAGCGCAUCGCCCCACAGACAUCUCAGCCAGUCCUAUGCACAUCUAUCUGCUAAUCCAAACGAUUUGGUAGAUGAUGAUGACGGUGAUCACCACUCGGUUUCGUCGGUUCCUGUGAAGCGAUCUGGGAACGGCGGGUGGAUUCCAAAUUCAUCUACCCGCCUGGCUGGCAUUGACCCAAGGUCCCGUGGAGAAGAACAUGUGCCGAGUCCAAAUGAUAUCCACGUUCAACGCGAAAGGAGCGAGAAAAACGAGGACAUUACCUCCUGGUCUAGAUCUGUGAGUGCGGCCAAUAGCGACGCCGGUGGGGACUCGGAUUCGCCUAGUCCACCGCGCCCAUACCCACGUCAUGUCUCCAGAAGGCUUCGGGCGAGAAGCACUGGGGAUCACCCCUUGAAGCAAGAGGACUAUUUCAGUCUGAAAUCUCGCGCUACAGACCGGUCAUUCCCCGGGCCCGGCAUAUUAGUUCAUGAAAGCAGCGAGGACACUAGCGAAGAUGAAGCAAGCACUAGCACUUACUCUGAUGAGACCCCAGUCGGGGCCGACGUGAUUGGCAGAUACGAUCGCAGUACCCCCGAGAUAUACGGAUCUCUUUCACCGACUCAACCCGAUGAGAACCUUCGUCUUUAUCCUUGGCACGAUCCUCUGCACGAUUCGACACCCAGAUCACAGGCGAUGCAGCCAGACAGUUCUGCCGACGCUAUGAUGGCCUUUGAAAAGCGUGUACGGGAUCUUGAAACGGCAUCUCUUGCGGCAACAAUUGAUAACAAUAGCAUUAUCAAUGUGAGCACAUCCCUCGAGAACUUUUCCUUUGCCGAGCGACCAAAGAAACGCACCAAUCUGUUUAAGCGACAAUUUCUGCAGGCUUCUUCGAGGCUGAAGCGCCAGGCAUCCGAUUUAUCUAUCGGCCAAUCUAGUCAAUCUAACACCUACCCUGGGCUUCCACAGCGUGAUAUACAGGAUCCGCCGGUGAAGCAGAGUUACUCGCCUCGAAAUGUGUUCUUGAAUCGCCGCCAUUCGCGGUCGCCAAGCUUGAGCAAUGCACUUCUAUCAAUGACCAGUCAAAUGGCCGCUGUCGGGGGCAGUCAGCCUGUUCGAGCAGUGUCGCCCGCACCCAUGCCAAGUCCAGAGAGGAGCUCCUUGAGCAUCCAGAUCAAGGGGCGGAAUCGAAGCAGGAGCGAAAUUCCUCGACCAAGUGGUCCCGGGCUAAUCAAUCUGAUGACUGCCCACAAUGGACCGCCAGUUACAAAGGUUACGUCUCCCGGAGCCAGUUCCGACGACCAGGUCCCUAGAAUUACACCUUCUGGCGCUGAUAUUGGAGGCGCCGAGGAUGAUAAUGACGGUGACGCGAGCGACAUUAAAGGCGUUGUGAUGGAUUUCCCUGCUGUCCAGAGUCUCCCGGUUCCAACAUUCGAAGGGUUCAAAUCACAGAUCAUGCAAUUGAAUCCAAGACUAGAGCCCGCUUUGAUCCACCGUCUUGCACAUGAGCAAGACCGUCGAUACAAGAUCUUGAUCGGGUUACAGCAUGAGCACUCUAUUGCAGCUGCCAGCCGUACAUGUAAAUCUGGCAAUUUUUGUGUUGUGCAGGGAGGGCAGCCGACUUUGUUACAGGACCCCAAGGCUCCCACCGAUCCCGAGUCAGGACAGAUCCAAUUCCGAGUAACGAAGUUCAGCCACGGGCACGAGCAGCGGUAUGCUCUAGGCGAAGGUACAGUAGCCGCAGCUCAGUUCCCUCCCGGUGUGCCCCUUCCACCAGUCAGUCGUCUUCCCGCCCGUUUCGAGUGCCCCAUUUGUUUCGAAGUAAAGACGUUCCAGAAACCAUCCGACUGGUCCAAACAUGUUCAGGAAGAUGUACAGCCAUUUACUUGCACAUUUCCUCACUGCAAUGAGCCCAAAUCAUUCAAGCGUAAAGCAGAUUGGGUUCGCCAUGAGAACGAGAAGCACCGGCACCUGGAGUGGUGGACCUGUGCAUUCCCCGAGUGCCACCACACGUGCUAUCGUAAAGACAAUUUUGUUCAGCAUUUGGUUCGGGAGCACAAAAUGCCAGAGCCCAAGAUCAAGAAAACGGGCAAAGCCUCUAAUGCUGUCGAUGCUGAUGCUGUGUCGAGUAGCCGAAGGGAGCAGGAGGUUGAGCGAUUAUGGAAAACGGUUGAAGAAUGCCGACAUGACACCAGGCAAGCCCCCCAAGAAGAGCCAUGUCGCUUCUGCGGGAAUGUCUGUAGCGAGUGGAGAAAGUUGUCAGUCCAUCUUGGCAAGCAUCUAGAGCAACUAGCGUUGCCCGUUUUGCGGUUAGCGAAGCCAAGCAGUGCUCAUGUCGCCAACACUAGCCAAGUGGAACCCGCCCGCGGAUCAUCAUCCGCGACCUAUCCCUCUCUCACGACCUAUCACCCUAGACACGAAGUACCCGAAAUGUCAUCCUCCCAUCUGCAGCCGCAGUACACGAGUCGAAACGCUAGCGCAUCCGCCAAUCCUGCGUUCUCGAUCAAUAACGUUCUAGUCAACUACUCCACCAUCUCCGGCAGCGAGCUUUCUAUGGAACCCGAGUCCAUGACCGACUCUCUGACCCCUGAUGAUUUCCCGUAUGCGAACGCAACAAUACAGUUUGGCCAGACCACGCUCCACCCAGCCCAGGCCCAGGCGUAUCCCCUGCAUCAGAACUCGGUGACGUACCCACCGCCUUAUAACGCCGUUCCGAAAUCGAGAUCCACGGAGGCAGAUGCCAUGCUGCAGCACUCGUAUCCUCUCGCCCAGUAUCUCCCUCAAUCUUCACUGUACCCCGCAGAAACAACUUACCCGGGCUAUCAGCCCAUGGAAUCCAACAUCCCUUACACUUCUUCAACAUACUCUUCUGGAUGA